CAGGAUAGUGGGACGAAAUUUAAAAUGGCUGAGGCCGUCGCAGAACAGAUUAAUUCGCCGAAGAUUUCCUGUUGUAGUCGUAAUUCUGCUGUUAAAAUCAAUGAGUGUGUACAAACCAAGAUAGACAAGACAAUAUGUGACUAUGAAACACUAAAUGAAGAUCAGAAAAGCACAACCAAAGCUCGGUUUGAUGAGGUAUUUCAGUCAGCCUUCACGUUGAAUCUUGAGAUUGGGGGACAGAGCUGGACUAACAAUGGAAAUGCUGGGGAUUGUACCUCAGAAUAUCAACCUCUAGACAAGACAAAGAAACUAUUUAUCACUGACACCUUAUCAACAAAACUAGAUGAUGGCAUCGUCAGAGUAGCUCACAACAGAAAAACAACGGGCAAAAAGUUCAAAUACAAGAUGAAGAAAGUGAUUGCAGCAGAAAUUGAAUACAUGAGUCAGAUCCGGGUAGUGAAUGUGGACAAUGAACCUUACCAGAGUGAUUUCUGUGUAUACAGCACUGUCACAUGUAACCGGCUGUUGGAGGCAGACACCACCCUCUUGGACCUCACCAAGACAACAACAACACUAAUUCAGCAGUUCAGCAAUUUAGAAAAAGCAGUGGAGAUCAAUGAAAGCAGAAAGACUUGCAAGACUGAUCAGAUCAUAUUCAAACCCAGCUCAGAUGAAGGAAAAAUGGCUAAGAGUAUCACACCUUUAAAAAGAAAACUGAGUGACAGUCAAGAUAUAUUCCCUGCUAAAAGACAAAAUUCUUCUUGGCUUGCAAAUGCUCCAUCGCCUUUUCAAAGUCUGAAUCGCACACAAAAUGUGACUGUUGAGAAAAGGUGUUCUCCUCGUUUAGCAGCCAAGAACACAGACCAUAGAACACGCUUAAAGUCGUGAAAGGAAUGUUUUUACCAUACGUUUUUACCAUUAAUCUUUCCAUGUUUAGGAUCUUCAUAACUAUAAUACUGUUGGUCUUUGAACAAAAGAGAAAGUCAACUUGUUGCAAAAAUAAGGAAAUUCAUAAAAGUUUUAAAAUCUUUUUUAUUAGCUCACCUGGCCAAAAAGGCAAAGUGAGCUUAUGCCGUGGUGCAGUGUCUGUCAGUCAUUCAUUGCCAAUUUUUCCUUCAACAACUUGUAAAAAACCCGAAGAGCCUUUUGUCAUGAUAUUUUGCUGGAAGCUUCCUUGGAUUGAGCCAAACAAAGUUUGUAAACAAACAUGUCCUUGACCCAUUUCAAAGUCACAGGGGUUGAAUAUGUCUUAAACUCCAAACACCUUUUUUUGCGAUCGCCUUUUGUCCGGCCGUGUCCGACGUGCGUCCUUAAUCAAUUUACACAAAAAAAAUUCGACUUCUUCUCCAAAACCCCUGAACCAAUUUUCAAUGAAAUUUUGCAGA